ACAGAGUUCACAGUGUACCGGGCUGUGUGUGAUGGGAAGAGAUGGAUGACCUGGGCUGUCCGAGGUGUAAGACCACCAAAUACCGCAACCCGUCCCUGAAGCUGAUGGUCAAUGUGUGCGGACACACUCUGUGUGAAAGUUGUGUUGAGUUGCUCUUUGCUCGAGGUUCCGGUACUUGCCAGGAAUGCAACACUCCCCUCCGGAAAAGCAACUUUAGAGUGCAGCUCUUUGAAGACCCCACAAUCGAUAAAGAAGUUGAGAUCCGCAAAAAGAUCAUAAAAAUAUAUAAUAAGCGUGAAGAAGACUUUCCAUCUCUGAGAGAAUACAAUGAUUUUCUGGAGGAAAUUGAAGAAAUAGUGUUCAACUUGACUAACAAUGUUGAUCUUGACGACACCAAAAAAAAACUCGAUAUGUAUCAAAAACUGAACAAAGACACAAUCUCAAGAAACAAAGUAAAAUUGACAAGGGAGCAGGAAGAGCUAGAAGAGGCCCUGGAAGUUGAGAGGCAUGACAAUGAACAGAGGAGGCUUCUUCUACAGAAGGAAGAACAACAUCAGCAAAAAAUGAAAAGAAAGAAUAAGCAAGAAUUGUUGGAUCAGCUGGAGACAUCUCGGCUUCCUGCAUCAAUCCUGUUGGCCCAACACAAAGGAAAAUCCACUCAGAUUGAAAUGCAGAUGGAGAAGGCUAAACCAACAGUUACAUUUUCCACUGGCAUUAAAAUGCUGGAAAAUGCUUUGUAUCAUUAUCAGCCGAUUAAUAUAGACACGCAUGGUCCAGAGGUCCCUCGUAUAGAGAUGCUGGGAAGGCUGGGGUAUCUAAACCAUGUACGAGCUACUUCCCCACAGGAUCUCGCCGGAGGCUACACUUCCUCUCUCGCAUGCCAUAGGGCACUGCAGGACGCCUUCAGCGGGCUCUUCUGGCAGUCGCAUUAACUUGCGUAGCCCCAGUCUGAACAAGAACGGACGUUGGCACGGGACCAGCAUCUAACGCAAGUGAAUCUGGUAAAAUUGCUGCCAUCUGCAGCCCUACCUAGGCCGGAGCGCUCUUUAAUAAAGACAGCUGUGUUCCAGGAU